UUCGAUUUAUACCGAAAUGUGCGGGUCAUUUCCGUCACUGCAAUAUCGGCAAACCCUAAACCCUAGCUUUCUUUCUCUAUAAGUAAACUCAGCGUUCGACUCCUUGAGGUCUCUGCCGCCCCUCUUGCCCCACCAGAAACCCUAGGCGCCGACAUGAGACCUCCACGAGGCGGUGGCUUCAGGGGACGGAGCGAUGGAGGUGGGGGGAGAGGCAGGGGAAGAGGAAGCGGAGGUAGAGGCGGUGGUUUUGAAGGCCGGGGUGGCGGCAGGGGCCGCGGGGGAGGCGCGGGAGGCCGUGGAGGUAGGGGAGGGAGGGGCCGUGGCGGAGGCCGAGGUGGGGGCAUGAAGGGCGGGAGCAGGGUCGUCGUCCAGCCACACAGGCACGACGGGGUUUUCGUCGCCAAGGGCAAGGAAGAUGCUCUCUGCACGAAGAACAUGGUCCCCGGUGAAGCCGUAUAUGGCGAGAAGCGCGUUUCUGUUCAGAAUGAGGAUGGAUCCAAAGUCGAAUACCGGGUGUGGAAUCCUUUCCGCUCAAAGCUGGCAGCUGCCAUUCUUGGAGGUGUCGACAAUAUAUGGAUUGCUCCUGGGACUCGUGUGUUGUACCUUGGUGCUGCAUCAGGAACCACAGUGUCUCAUGUGUCUGAUAUUGUUGGACCGACAGGAGUGGUCUAUGCUGUUGAAUUUUCACAUAGGAGUGGUAGAGAUCUUGUGAAUAUGGCUAAAAAGCGAACCAAUGUAAUUCCCAUAAUAGAAGAUGCUAGGCAUCCUGCUAGAUACAGGAUGUUGGUUGGAAUGGUUGAUGUCAUCUUUUCGGAUGUUGCACAACCUGAUCAGGCAAGAAUCUUGGCUUUGAAUGCUUCAUAUUUCUUGAAGAAUGGUGGCCACUUUGUAAUCUCAAUUAAGGCAAAUUGCAUCGACUCCACGGUACCUGCUGAGGCUGUUUUUGCUCAAGAAGUGAAGAAGCUGCAGGCGGAUCAGUUCAAACCUUCAGAGCAAGUCACACUAGAACCCUUUGAGCGGGACCAUGCCUGUGUUGUUGGUGGCUAUCGGAUGCCAAAGAAACAGAAAGUAGCUACCGAAAGCUGAUGACUGCGAGUUCAUCCACUUGAAUUCGCAGCUUAUUACUUAGGCUAGCUUGUGUUCUUUCUGAUGAUACAAGCUGUCGACCUUUGGAUGGUAGGCACUUGGUUACUUAUGGGAAGACAUUUAUCGAUCUUUUCUUUUACUGCAUUAGACUUAUAUUUCUGUAAGAUUCAGUGGGUGGUAGUGUUGGACGACUGCAAGCUUGGUAAAACUGCAUUGAAUGUGCCAGAUGUAUUUGAACCCGAACAUGGUAUGAGAUUUAUGUUCGCACCUUUUUUUGUUUUGAUGGUCUUGUCGCCAUGUAUCAUCCAACAGUGUUAAGCAGCUAUACAACAUUCGAUGCUUAUUUUA